CGCGACUUCUCCUGCGCGAUCGAGCGGAAGAUCCUGCUCCACGGGAGGCUCUACGUCACGGAGCGGUUCAUCUGCUUCUACAGCAACCUCUUCGGCUUCGAGAAGAAGAUCAAGAUCCCCUACAGCCACAUCACGUGCAUCACCAAGGAGUACACGGCCGUCUUCAUCCCCAACGCCAUCGCGGUCAUCACCGCGCGCAAGGAGUACGUCUUCCGGAGCUUCUGGGACCGCGACGACUGCUUCGACCUGCUC